AUGGACACCACAAUUGUAAGGCGAAAAUAUCCCACGAGCCAUGGGGGACACCACUUUGUACUGAGCUGCCUCCUGUUGUAUUUGCUGGUUCUCUGCCUCCGAGCCCAGUCCUUGCCUAAUUUUGCACAGCAUGUGAGGGAGCAGAGCCUGGUGACAGAUCAGCUCAGUCACCACCUCAUCCUGACCUACCAGCAUGCGCAGGUCCUGGCCAACAAGGACAUCAACACCGUGGCCGAGGACGGAGACCCCUUCACAAAGCUCAUUAUGGAGACAGAUACAUGUGGGAGCAGAGUACGAGUCCGCGGAGCUGAGAUGGGUCUCUGUGUCGGCACAAUUACGUGGGGGAAGCUAAUAGCCAAGAGCAAUGGCAAAGGAAAGAACUGCGUGUUCAUGGCGAGGGUACUGGAGAGCAGCUACCUGGCGCUGCAAAAUGUCAGGCUGGUACAUGGCCUUUCCCGGCGAGGGCCAGCUCCACAAGGGCUCCAGGGCAACCAGCACCAGCACAAGGUGCACUUCAUGGAGCGGCUGCUUCAGGGCCACAGUACAACGGAGCAGAGUCUACACUUUGAGUUCCUAGACUACCUGCGCCUUUCUGCUGGGCCUAAUGACCGCUAG